GUGUGUUAACUAGUACUUAUAAGAUCACCCCGCGCGUUAAAUUUGCAAUCCGAUCGAUGGAGGCACAGAGAAGCACCAAAAACGCAACGUCAGCGCCGGGAAUGACGUCGAGGAUGUACUCGCCAAACAGUCGAGGAUCUGGCGUCACUCCGCGGAUUCGAGCUACGACGACGACGUGUUGCCCGAUAUGCAUGGAAACGACGGCAUUUCUCGCCCUCCAGUCGCCUUGGACUGUGAAAUCGACCCUACAAGCAAGGGGACAUACGAUGGGGGCACAUUGAACUUGCAUAUAACGUUACAGGGUCAAUACCAAGUAGUGUCGUCCAAGUGCACAGUGCACUCGACAUCCGGCUCGUACAUUGAAGGGAACGGAAAGUUGACGGUGAUAUCGACGAGCCACCCAGACGCACCAUGCCUACCUCGAUCGACCACGAUUGUAUGUGUGUUGAUGUUCUCGCACACCUUUCGCUCCAUGCGCAUGAGAAUGGACCGUUCGGUGUUCAUGAGUGUCAUGGAGCUUCCUUGCCACAGGAAUGCCACUUUGCCGUCCACAGUGUGCACCACGCCAUCGUGUUUGGUGCGCGACAUGAAGGGCGGAAUUUGGAUCGACGAGGGCGAGUCAUAGCAGAAAUCGCGCAGCACGAUCGGCAUUGGGUCCAUCGGCUCCACCAGGAACGCCACUUGUGACUUGGCGUUGCCCAUGCUUGGGUGCUUUCUC